AUGGCAGCGACGAGUGUUGUCGUUCUCGACAGAGGCAAUAAUACAACUUGUACCGUAAAUCUUUUCGGUGCCACCGUUGUGUCAUGGCGUGUGAACAAUCAGGAACAGUUAUUCGUAAGUAAACAAGCCGUGUUCGACGGCAAACGGGCGAUACGAGGCGGAAUUCCUUUCGUGUUCCCUCAGUUCGGACAAUGGGCGUUCGGGCCCCAACACGGGUUCGCCCGCGUCGCCCGCUGGCACGUGGAGAAGAUGCCGGAGCGGCUGCCUAGCGGCGACGUGGAGGCCAUCUUCAGCCUGAUGGACGACGACUUCACGCGCUCCAUGUGGCACUUCCAGUUCCGGCUGACCUACCGGCUGAUACUGCGCGAGAAGGAGCUCCACUUCAACAUCGGCGUGUACAACCCGAGCAAGGAGCUGACCUUCAGCUGCCAGCUGCUGCUGCACACGUAUUUCAAGGUGCCGGACGUGCGCCGUUGCCAGAUCACCGGCAUGCACGGGUGCAUGUUCAUAGAUAAGACGCGCGAGGGCGCAGUAUACCAAGAGACCCGCGAGGUGGUCACCAUCAACGAGUGGACGGACCGCAUCUACCAGAACACGAUGCAGGAGCACAUCAUCACCAACGUGGUGAGCGGGCGCAAGAUGAGGAUACAGAAGUACAACUUCCCCGACACCGUGAUCUGGAACCCGUGGGCGGACUACGCCAAGGAGAUCCCGGACUUCGGCGACGACGAGUUCCCGAACAUGGUGUGCGUGGAGGCGGGCCGGGUCGCCGCGCCCAUCGUGCUGCUGCCCGGCACCGCCUUCGAGGCCAGCCAGAUCCUGCAGGUGAUG